AUGAUGGCUGAUUUUAUAAGUGAUAUGGAAUUAUUCAAAAAAACAAUACAAGAUCAAAGAACUUCAGAAAAUACAACUGAAAACUUGCGACCUGAAGAUAUAUUCACUUUGGUUGGUACUCUAUAUCGGUUACCUAUCAAUGGAGAACAAAUUCGUGAACAAGUUCAAGGAAUCGAAAUCGAUCAAGGAGAAUACAGUGCCAAACGUGAAGUUCUUGUUGAUUUGCCAGCUAAAGCUGCUUCAUCAAAAGUAAUGCUUCAAUUGAAAGACAUCAUAUCUGAAAGAUAAAAAAAAAAAAUCUAUGAAUACUUGAUUAAUAAUUGUAUAAUUUUGAACCGAUGAAUAACAUAGGAUCAGUGAAAAUGCAUUUCCUCAUCGACUAUUUAAUCAAAAUAAAAACUUGUAGCAGAUUCAAAACUAUGCAUUUCAGAAAUAUGUAGAGAAAUUCAACAUUCAAGGUGUGGCAUGUUAUGACACACUUAGGACAUACCAUAGUAUUGUAAAUAUAAGUGUUGGUUCUUUUUCUUUCUUAUAUAAAGAUACACUAGUGGACAAGUCUCUUCUUGAAGCUCUGAAUGGAUUGGGUUCGGUCUAGCCCACAGCUCAGAGUGUGAGCUAGGCUGGACUGUUCCAUUUUUGCAAUAGAUACUCAUGCGGCAAAUCUUUAUUAGAGGGUGUGGAUGUCGGUCGCGAUCGACUGAAGACCCAUACCUAUUUUACUCUGAAAUGGAUCAUAGUCGUAGUCGUUUUGGCAUGCAGACGACAAACACGGCAGCAACAAACAUGUAUUCUUGCGCAUACAGAAACUAUGAUUCGUACCUAUCAGAAUCCCAUUAUUACUCACGUAAACAUCGUUGACUUAUCAUAUUCACAAUUAAUCCAAUAUAAAGCAAAUAUGAUGAGACUCAAACAUAAUCGAUUUUUUGAAUUGUUUUCAUAAUAUCUUUUGUCGUUCAGAAUUGAAAUAAGAUAUAGUGACAUGAUCAUUGUCUAAUAUUUCUAUUCGAAAUCUCAAAAUUGAAUUUUUUUUGUUUGUUGAUAUGCAGUUGCUCGAUAAGAAUCAGCGAUUUUGUGUACAGAAAAGUGCUGUCAACCUCUACAAUAUUGACUAUUAAGUGUGUGAUUGAGAAUAUAAGUAAGAUGUGAAAGAUAGUUUUAUCUGAGAUGACUCUUGACAAAAGACUUUAUGAAUAGUCUUCGAAACUUGAUAUCAUUUAUCUCAAAAAAGAAAAAGAAUGAAAACAAGUUUAUUCUCGAUAGGGUGUGGGUGUGGGUGUGGGUGUGGGUGUGGGUGUGGGU